AUGUUGUUCCAUGUGUCGUUUGGCGGGGGAAUCUCCUUCCUUGCGCUUGUAGCCUUCCUCUUGACUCGGUACUUCGUCACCUCCUUCUUUCCUUACCUGAUCUUCGACCAAUCCAACUCCUGCCUUCCCACUGCUGACACUAUCAUCAUGCCUGAUCCGGGCUCUCGCAAGGACAGGAAGAAGUCCAAUAAAGCCAAGAAGGCCAAGAAGGCCAAGAAGGUCAAGUUCUCCCAGUCGGUGCACUCCCCGGCGCCCCUCGGUGCAUCCACGAGGCCUAUUGUUUACCCGACCCCAGCCAGCAGCGAACGCAACGGUAAUGACAAAAAAAGCAAGCCCGCCAUCGACAAAAGAAAGUCACCUGAUCAUGGAGAGGCUUCUCAGUCUCCUCCCCUGGAGAUGCCAGACAGCAGAACCGCCUUCUUGUGUCCCCACGGCUUCCACUUCCCCGGCAAUUAUGCUGGUUCCAACUCUGAUCCAUCUGGAGACGAUGAAAACUACUUUGGCUGUCUUGUUUGCGAUGUUAUGCGCGAUUACCACCCUUACCAGCCCGAGAAUGCCGACUCGGACCUUGGAGAACACUGGAUUCGCCACACGGACUACAUUUGCGGUGUCCCCACCGAGCGUGCCUCGGCUCCCAUUCCUGAGGUGGAUGUGGGUGUCGCCGAUAGAUGUCUUAGGCUAGCGCAGGAUCUGCUCGCCCAACAGGAGAAGCUUCUUACCGAUCUCAGAGACUGGAACAAUGCUCCUAUUUCGGAUACCGAUGAUGCAGGCGAUGACUCAGUCAAGGCUAAGAUCGAUGCUGUCGCUGAAGAGAAGAAAGAGGUAAAGACCAAGAAGAAAAAGAAGAAAAGCGUCCAGAAGCCUGUCCGAAACAAGAUUCCUGUUGAUGAGAACGCUGCCAAGAAUGAGCUGGAUCAGGAUUCUCUCGAUUCUGCCUUCCGCAUUUCCGUUGAGAGAAUGAGUUCAAUGGAUGAGAAAAUGCUUCGCAUGUCGCUCAAGGAGUUGAUGAGUGACGAGGAGAAGGAAGAGCUUGUGCUGACCCAUGUCAUGCUUGAGAGACAGCGCAUUGCCGAUGAGAAGAGUAUCACUGAUGAGAACAAUGUUGUCAAGAAGCGCCGCGAUCGCAAGAAGAAACCGCUUGGCCUUUUGGAUAUCAUCAUGAAGAAACGUCGUGAGGAUGAAAAGAAAGAAGCAGAGGACAAGCACGUUACCGAGGUCAUGAGGGGUCUUCUUACUCAAAGAAUCGCCGAGGAAAAGGCUGAGAAGAAGCGUGCUAAGAAAGGCAAGAAGGCUAACAAGAAUGGAAAGGCCAAAAUCAGUGAUUGCGACAACGACAACGACAACGACGACACUGCGCCCUGCCUUCAGCUCCUCGAAUACCUCGACCGCAAGCAGUCUGCCUCCUGCCUCAAGAAGCGGGUUUCUAACACCAAUGAGCCUGGCCCAUCCAAGUGA